AAGAAAAAGUAGCAAUGAAAACAUGGCCUAUUUUAUGCUCACUUGGCCUUAAAGGCCAGGUGAGAUUUUCUCAUCACUUGGUGUCCGACAUGGCUGUCAGUUAUCGUCGUUGUACAUUAUUUUUAACUUUAACAAAUAUCUUCUACCCUGAAACCACUUAUACAAAUUUAACCAAAUUUGGCCAGAGUCAUCAUUAUGCUAUUUAGUAAUAAAAAUGUGUCUGAUGACCCCAUCUGCCAACAACCAUGGCUGACAUGGAUGAAGAUAAAACAUAGGGGUAUAAUCCAUUGUGUGGCUCAUAUCUCUGAAACUAAAGAUAAAGUAUAACCAUCCUGUCUGGAGAAGACAGUUAUUUUGUAGUGCAUUUCUUUAAGAAAAUAAAUUCAAAUUAAAAAAAAUGCACCUACUCUUUCUCAGAUUUUUAAAGCGUAGUGUACUACAAGUGGGACAAAUAAUAUCAAAACUAUAGAAGCUUCUACUUGCUCUAACUCAAAAUAUUGACAACUUUGUGAUAAGGGGGUCAAAAAUUUAGUUUGUCAGCUUCAGACGUACUAAAACUGGACCUUUUUUAAACUGGACCAAAUCACUAAUUUACAUAAAGAUUCGGUGCCCAAUUUUUUUUUAAAUGUAAUUUCACCCCCCUACUUAGUAUUUCAUGCAUUACAUAUUUUGAAAUUAAUUGGGAAAGUGUAUUAAAAAAAAAUUGCAAGUAAUACACUGUAACACUAAGGACACCAAAGGAGGAUAACUGUGUCCUUGUAUCUCCUACUUGCAUUUUUUCAUGCAUCAAUUGUAAACAAAAAUAUAAGGUGAGCGAAACAGGCUGAGCUUGCAGCCUCUAGUUUAUAUGGUAUGAAAAGAAAACAAUAAACUGAUUUAUAUUGCAACUAGUCCAGUUUAUUUCCUAAAUAUAGUAACAUAGCUUUAUUUUGUAUAAUUUCAAUUUCAUGUGGAACACUUUCUCAACAAUCGGGUGUCCAUUCAGGGAUGGAAAUAAGUUGCACUUUUGUGUUACAAUUUGAAAAGCUAUCAGUGUAUUAGUUAAGUUGCAGUAUAAAAACAAAAUAAGGUCAAUGUCAUAAAAGUAUAAACUUAUUUGUAUUUAGUGCAAAAAUGUUGAAGGGCUUUUUAGAAUGUUGCUCUUCACCAUUUUCUCAGCCUCAUACAAAAAAGUUUAUAUUUUUCUGUCAUUGUCCUUAUAUUGUAUAUUUAUUUGAAUAUUGAAUGGUUAUCUUAAUCAAUAUAAUACUACAGCAUUAAAAAAAAAUAAUUGAUUGAAUAGUAGAGUGGAGGGGAGGACACUUUUUUCAAUAUUUUUGCUGUCUGUGCGUAUUUAUUGUUGCUUUCCAUUCUAUUUUCACAUCAACUAUUACUGUAUGAUAAAAAUCAGUUAUUUAUCAUAUCAAUAAGUUUUUGCUAUUUACAAAUUAAUAGUUCUUACAAGGAUUUGUAUAGUAAGAAGGUCUUACUAUAAAAAUCCUUGGUUCUUAUUAUUAAAAAAGAAAUGUCUGAAUUCUUGUAUUUAUGUGUUUACUCAAGUUUAAAUAAACAGGCAAUCUAUAAAAAUUUUAAAUAUUGUUUAUGGUUAAUUAUCUAAGAUUUAAAAUGGACGCAUUCAUGCUAAAAAAAGAAAGAAAAAAGAUGAUUAAAUUAAAAGAGAAAAGGCCAUGAUUUUGCCUUUCAUAAACUGAUUACUAGGUUAUGUGAUCUUUUAUAAAUUAAAGUGGUUUCUUGAUAAACAUAUUAUUUGAACAUUUUCUUUACUGUUCAUUUCUUUUACAGGUUUUUCAAUAAGUUAUUCUGUUGCUUAAAAGACUUUGUGUGUUUUAGAAUGAAGAGAAUGAUCACCAGUACAUUAAAAAAAAAGAUUCCUGAUACAAACAACCAAAAAGACCUACAAACAGAUGUGAUAUGUGUGCUCCAGUUUGCAGUUAAGAAAUCCUUCGUCUUAGAAAAAGUUAAAGAAUUUCUGUUUUCAAUUGACGACCUACACUAUCAGUCUCUGCUGACCGAAGCACAGAGGUCAGAACAGUGUCAAUCUGCAGAUAUGACUGAAAGAAUUGGUGCAGCUGUAUUACGUGAUGUUUGUGCACAUGAAGAAGAAACUGAAGCAUUGUUAAUUUCAUUGAAAGCCAUAGCCCCAAGUAACCAACUAGAAACUGUGCAAUACAGACUUGUCUAUAUGAUUUUGGAGAACUUGGCUGUCCAGGAGGUGAUUGGAAUUACACCAGCAAAAGAUCCAAGAUUAAAACAGGCCAAAAUUGACAAAUGUAUACAGGAACAUCUCAACGGUUCAAAAUCCACAGUCAGCUUCACCAAAGAAGCGAUAGAAUUAAAGAAAAAGGCACAGCUUAAUGCAGACUGUUCAGAAUGCUAUCCUGGAGGAGGUUUGAUAAAUCCUAAGGGAAAAAACUUGUGUUUUGCAAAUGCACUUCUGCAGUGCAUGAGAAUUGCUGAUCUUCAUAGAAUUCUUCAGUAUCACACAGCUUUUACAGAUGAAGACAGCUGUUUCACAUGCAGCUUAAAAAAAAUCAUGACAGAAGGUUCCAUAACUGCAGAGCCUGUAUGCAGGAAAUGACAAGUCAGACAAUACUUUAUAUAGUGAAGAAAAAAGAUUGUUUUAUGGGCAGGAGAAGAGCUUGUUGAAUUGUAACAGUUGUCAAGCUGCAUCCUCAACAAAAGCUGCAUUUUCCUCAUUUAGCUUGCCAAUUGAAAAGCAUCAGAAUAUUGCUGAAGCCAUUGGAGGCUAUUUUAAAAGUGAACAAGUUGAAAGGAAAUGUGAUUUGCCUUCUUUAUAAACCACAAAAAAUAAAAGAAAAAGUUAGUGAACUGUAUGGCGUAAUCGUACACAAAGGAAAUACUCUGUCUAAUGGCCAUUACUAUGCCUUUAUAUUAUUUGGUACACAGUGGUAUCUUGUGGAUGACAUGCAGGUAAAACAAGUUACUAUUCAAAGUCUGCAGAACAUAGACGGACAGCCAUAUUUACUUUUCUACAGAACAAUGCCAAGGCCAUAUUUAGGAUUUGAUUAGAAGGGUACUUACUUUUUUUUUACAGAAGAUGUUUAUAUAUCCCUUAUUUUUUGUAACCAAACAAGUUUGCUGUGAUAUUAAUAAUACAAAACGGAUUGAUGUUCAAAAUAUUAAAUUUUUACUUUGCAUUUAUAGUUUUCAAAUUCCAAUAGGGAACCUACUUUAUAUAACAUUGUAUCAAUAAACCAAUUUUUCAAAACUUUUUGGCCAUUGGCCUUCUUCAGUUCUUUAUUUCUCCUCACAACUACAUGACUGACAUUACAUUUUCCAACUUUGCUGUUUAAAAAAUCGGGUCUUAGUGAGUUAUUUUUUUUAAUUAUUUUUUUAGAUUUCAAGAUAAAGAUCAUAUUCAUAUUUUUUAUUUAUUGUAAGAAGCUUUGACUUGCAUUUGAAAUUGAUUUAUUUUCUAUUAAAAGUAUUAGAGAGUACUUGUAUUACAUGUAUAUCAUAUUUUGCAUUAUACUCAUGUUGAAAUACUUUUUUGUUAUCAAAUCAUGUUUUUAAUGAUGUCAUCUUCAAACUGAAGUGUUUCAACUGUAUUUAAAUUAUAUGAUCAUUUUCAAAAUGUUUACAAAAUUUUGAAUUUUUUAAAUACUUAGGCUUUUCUACCUCAGACAUAGAUUGCCAUAGCUGUAGUUGGCAAAACUUUUAGGAAUUUUGGUCCUCAAUGCUCUUCAACUUCGUACUUUAUUUGGCAAUUUUACCUUUUUUGGAUUCGAGCGUCACUGAUGAGUCUUUUUAGACCAAACGUGCGUCUGGCGUAUAUAAUAAAUUUAGUCCUGGUAUCUAUGAUGAGUUUAUUUCAUAACACCAUGAACAAGACUAUUUCUUGGCACCCUCAGUUUUCCAAUUGACUGGAUUAGGUGAAGUUCAUUAAAGUUACAUAGUGCUCACUUGUCAUAUUGUACCUGUUACAGACAAUUAAACUGAAGAGUCGCCAAUCAAUACAUUUUACAAAUGUACGAAAAAAUUAUCUGUAUAUGUUAGAUAAAGUUAUUUCAAGCAAUGCAUCUAAAAAAUGAUAUAAUAAGUGUAAAUAAUCCAGUAAUUGAUUUGAAUUCUGAAAUAGGGAAGAUGCACAAUGUAAUUUUGAAUAUCAUCUUCAAUGUUCAAACCUUAUUAUUAACUAUAAAUCAUUUUAAGAACAUGUUAUGAUAUGAUGCAUAAACGAGGUAAAGAAAUUCGCAAGGAGAAAGUGAAUACAAUGUGGUUCUUUAGCAUAGAUUGUAAUUUGUUACCAAAGCUGGACAUUCAAUAUGUAAAUUAAAACCAGUAAUUUUACUCUGUACCUAAAUUUAUCAAAGAUAAGUUAUAACAAAACUGAUGUAAUUUGCGGGAGGGAUAUAUAAAUAAGUUAUUACAAUUAGACUAAGUAAACUUAAUACUUAUUAUUUUUCCUUUGAAACUCUACCUUGUUUUCACACAAAAUUUUUGGAUCCAAUUGAUUAUAUCAAGAUUUAGUUUUGGUCUUGUGGCUUUCUGUCAGUUUACCCCUUAAAUAAAGAUGAGAUAUACUUUAUAACUGAAAGCCCUCUAAAAAUUGAAAAAGUAAGACGAGGACAGAAUAUGUUAACAUCUGGAUAGCAUAACAUCAUAAAAGUUAAUUUGUGUUUUUUUACUUUUUCAUGUUGCUAAAUGAAUAAACUUGCAUCAAUUAUAAUAAUUCAUUCAUUCAGAAACAAAGCUUGUAGAAAAGCAGGUUUCUACCUAAGUUAACUAAGCUUAUGGAAGUUAAUUUCAUAUAACAUGUUAUUUAGGUACAUAUGUGAUCUAUAUAUCUGAUGAUCCAAGUGUAAAUGUAUCUAACACUUAUUAUAUAAUGUAUAAGUCAAUAAGAAAGUAUAUGUAUUGUUAUAUAUACAUUAUAAGUUUCAAACCUCUAUUACUGGUAAUAUCCAUAUGAUGUAUUAUCUUUUAUAUGUGUUACAUGUGAAGACUGAGUAUGCUGGUGAUUAUAGUUGUAAGGAUGACUGUUCAGCUGUGUUUAAGUUAUAUGUUAUGUUAAAACUGGUUGCCAUAAUCUAUGUGACUGGUCAGAAUAUAUCCUGGUUUGAUAUUUUAAGUGCCUAUUGUUUAAAAAAGAGGAAUACUUGGGAUAACUCAUUGCAAAUUUCAGGUAUUUUGAUAAUUUGAAAGAUGUCUUUAAGAAAUUACUAUGUCAUUAGAUAUUUUUUUUUUGUCGUUAUGUUGUCAGAUAGAUGUCAUUUAUUGCCAAGUUAAAACUUUUAUACAACACUUCAUGUAAUGUCUGAGUAAAAUGAUGAUUUAUAUAUUAUAAAAAUGAUAUCAUAGUGUCCAAUUGUAUUGAUCCAUUAUACAUCAUGUGGUAUCUUAUUGAAUGGUUGUUCAUAGUUAGACAGAUGCUGUUUUUAACCAGGGACGUAUAUAGAUAACUUCUUAACAAUCCUUGUCCCGAUAAAAAAUAUGUAGAGAAUCAUUGGAGAAACCACACUGUACACCUUAAAACUUUAAAAGUUGUUGAUGGAUUUUAAUGAAAUAAAGAUUUUCUUAAACUUAAAUGAUUCCUACAUUGAUAGAGUUAAUUUGGUUAAUAAUGUUCAUGUCUUUCAUGUAAUUUGAAUUAUUUAAGAAAGGAGGGUAAUUAUUUUUGGGGCAUUAUUCUACAUUUUGUGAAAAAAACCACAAUAAAACGUAGUUCAACUGUUCAGCUAAAAACUUAAAAAGUUCUUGAUUGAUUUUGAUGAAAAUUGUUUUGUCUGAAGUCUUAAUGUUUUUUACAUGUACAGAAGAAUUUCCAUGGUUAUCAAUAAGGUAUAAGAUUAAAUAUAAGCAAUUUAAAAAUGUAUAGAAGAUAUGUUCAAAUCCAACGAUUCUCUACAUAUUUUCCAAAAAUUAUGAGAUUCGAAUCCUUCUAAUAUAAGUCCUUGAUUUAACAGAUAGAAAGUUUCAAGAAAUAUUAUAAAUAUGCAUAAUACAUUGUAAAACAAUUAUUAUCGAUAAGUGUAAAAUAUUAAUGAAGCAUACA